AAAAGAUGCAGCCUAUGUCGAUAUUCCCUCAACCCAAGACCAUAACGCCAAAGAAAGCGUGUCAGGGCCUCAGAAAUGAGACGUACAUCGGCUAAGCUUCCGCCAAAAGAAGAGACUCCCACUUUCAACACGGCUUCAUUUUUUCAUUUCCCUCCUCACAUCGACACGACAGAGGCCUAGACGUUUUGGGUUCCUGCGCGUCUCGCCCGCUGAUAUACAUGUCUUUGUCUUUAUUCCUACAGGUACUAAACUCUGUGGUGGGACAGGUGCCUGUGUGGCCUGUCACAAAACUACACGAACAUUCGAACGGUGGAAUGUCCUUGACUUUGGAUGUAUGGAUUUGUGACGGCGACUCUCCCGUCUUCGUAAAACUGUGGAAAGUGAAGAUCUCAACACCGACGAAUAUGCGUUGGCGAUGACGUGCGUGUGGAGACAUGAACAAAAGCAAGAGAGAUCAGAAGUCCACACAAAGUCGGCGUCUGGCCUCUUUCGCCCUGAAAUCCCGUGCAGAGACGAUCAGUGUCGAAACGAGAGAGAGGAAUAACACGAUGGGGGACGACACAUCGAAGGGGCUAGGACGGAACUGAGGGAUGUACACGUCACUCUGUGCGUCGUCUGCAUUGGCUAUUUUCUCGCGACUUUCCCCGUUUCGCUCGAGUUGUGCUUCGCUCCUCAGUCGUCACAGUGCUGGUCUUCGUUGCACUGAUUUACGCGGCGAUGAACGCCUCUCUGUUGAUUCGCUGCAUUCGCCGGGGUCGGCGGGAACGAGCAUGCAAGGAAGAACAGACUCUGCCCCCUCCUCUCUGGAUGUCACUAAAGGAUCAAGCCACCUUCCUCGCCGAGGCGCUUUGGAGCUGCGAGAGAAUGCACCACGAGUGCAUGUACUUGACGGAGGAAAUGUAGAGACCUCCUGUAAUUAUAGAUCUCUUCAUACAUGUCAACUGGUUGCUUCGUUGCUGCCAAUUCAUAUCGUCUUUACAUAA